CUUCUAAUACUUGUGUUUUGUGCUUUCUGUUUCAUUUCCAGUGUUCUUGUUCCUGGCCAUUCUUUGGUGAUGACAAUGGCACAACUAAACUGCCCUGCUCCACUGAACUUUAAAAAUGGUCUAAUCUGCUCUGACUCCGCCUGCUGCCUGUAGAAAUAUGUAUUCCUACUCCCCUAUCAGCUUCUUCUUCUUUAUCUUUUAUACCUCUACAGCCUUCUUUCUGAUAGUUAAGGGGUUAAGGUUGUGUCCACAGAGGUGCAUUUGUUAUGAGCAUGCAGACCUGGUGGAUUGCCGUGCACGGGGCUUUCGACAUGUCCCCAGGGGUCUCCCACCUAGUACGUGGCUGCUGGAGCUGGGGGGCAACCGUCUUGGUGAGAUCCGGACCAGGGCCUUCACUGGAGUCUGGUCACUGAGGGUUCUGUUGUUAGCCAACAGUCAAAUACAACAAAUACAACCACAGGGAUUUUUCUUUUUGUCAUUUCUGGAGAAGUUGGAUCUCAGUUGUAACCAUUUGACUUCUCUCCCUGUGGACUUCUCAGCCAGUCUGUCAGCUCUCAGGGAGCUGCACCUGGGGCACAAUGAUAUACAUCAAAUAUCCAAAUACAGCUUUGAGAAUCUGGACAGCAUAGAAAAGCGGACCUCAGCCACAACCAGUGGUGUCUAUAGCCCUGGUGUGUUCAGGGGCCUCUCCAGACUCAGACAACUCUACCUCCAAAACAACAGACUGACCACCGUGCAGCAGGGCAGCCUGGAUAUGCUGCCUGGACUGGAGGUGCUCCAGCUGAAUAAUAACAACAUCUCUGAGAUAGAGAUCGAUGCUUUGGCUCCUCUCUACAGUCUGGGUGUUCUUGCUCUGGAGGGAAACAGCCUACAUCACCUCAAUUUUAAAACCUUCAUCAGCCUGCAUACGGCAGCAACACACAUCCAGCUGUCAGGCAACCCGUGGAGCUGUGACUGUGACCUACAUUGCGUCUUUAGUAAGAUUCUACACGUUCGCCACCUCCACGUUGACGACUACCACAACGUGACGUGCGCGGAGCCUCCUUUGCUGGCCGGGGCCUUGCUGGCCUCUGUGGACAGCCAGCUUUGCAUUGCAGAGACUGCCACAGUCCUCAUCAUCACCGGCACCGUGCUGAUCACCGUGAUGGCUGCUGUGGUGAUGGCGGAAAGGAACAGGAAGAGGAGCCAUGGAAAGAAAUGGGACUCCACAUCUCAGACAUGCACUCACAGCUAACCUUCCCGAGGAGCCGCGCGGUCCAACGACACGAUGGACUGACGCGUGACGAGGAAACCAGCAUAUAAAACAGCUGCGGAGCACCAAAGGA